UCUCGAAGAGCCCCAAAGCUCUAUCGAGUAUAUUAACAACAUUGGUAUAAUUUUAGGAUUGGAUGGUGACUUAAAAAUAACGUUUUCAAGAUGACCGGUAUUACAUUCCUCUUUACUUUCCACUGCAUAGCUUUUGCCUUGAAAAACCCAGUGUGCAGUGCAAGCGCCGUAGAGGAGAAGCUACGAAACAAUAUUAUGAAAGACUAUAACAAGAAAGCUCGCCCUGUGAUCAAGGAAACAGAUGUGGUUCACAUUUUCAUAGACAUCGCACUGCUGCAGUUGAUGAAAGUGGAUGAAAAAAGCGAAGUCAUUACCACGAACGUAUGGGUGAGGCAGUACUGGAAUGAUCCAAGAUUUUCCUGGAACAAGGCGGAAUAUGAAAACAUUACACAGAUCAUCAUCAACCCUGAAAAAGCUUGGCUACCAGAUGUUGUGCUAUUAAACAGCGCCGAAGCGAUGUCAGACGGGCGUAGUACCGCGGCUCGCCUAGUCGUAAAGCACGAUGGGAAUGUAUCUUGGUUGAACCCAGUGAUUAUCACGAGUUCUUGUGUAAUUGACAUCACCUUCUUCCCAUUGGAUGACCAAAGUUGUGAGCUCAGAUUCGGUUCGUGGUCGUACAGCAGUGAAUUCUUAGAUGUUCAUCCGAGGAGAGAUAGCGCGGAUCUAAGUUCGUACGUCGAGAAUGGUGAAUGGACUUUACUCGGGGUUAAAUCAGAACGCAGACUGUUAACUUAUGAUUGUCGUGAAGAAGAGUUCCCGUAUGUGACGUACCAUGUGCAAAUACGCAGACGUACUCUGUUUUACAUGAUGAACUAUAUUUUGCCAUGCGUCCUGAUUGCAGUCCUAACCCUGCUCGUCUUCCUACUGCCGCCCGAAUCUGGAGAGAGAAUGUCUUUUGGAGUCACGGUGUUACUAUCGUUUACUAUUCUGCUGUUGAUGCUAAUGGCAAAGCUUCCUGCCACCUCCAAAGACACCCCACUAAUUGCUGUUUACUAUGCCUACACUUUCAUCGAAGUGUCAGCGGCGAUGGGAAUGGCCUGCCUCAUGCUUCGUUUUUACCAUCCUGACAAUUCCUCGGCCCCAAUUCCCGCCUGGAUCAGGGUCUGUGUCCUUAACUACUGCGCACGCCUGGUGCGUUUAAGCACAUCCGCUGGACGUGUCCGACAAGCGCAGAUCGUCCAGGAGUGGCGUCAAGGUUGGACUGUAAUGUUUAUUGUUUCCUGUCGUGGCCAUCAAUUAAUUCUACCCCACCACCAACGGUUCAUUGAAAAAAUAAACAUGCAGGAACAUGAUAUUACAUCUAGAACACCGGUAAAGCUACGUGAAAACAGGGGCAAAGAGCAAACGAACAUGACAAUUUUGACAGACAACAUCUUCAGGAAAGAAGAAGCAGACACCAUGAGAGAGGAAUGGAGGAUGGCAGCCAUGAUUAUUAAUCGCCUCUUUGCUUGGAUCUACCUCAUCACCAUCAUCAUAACAUUGGCAGCCGUGCUGCUAAAGUCACCACGAUUUAGGAAAGGGGAAUUUUAACUUAGUUAAACAACCUCUCUCACGACAAGUCCUUACUUACCGAAGAUACUUAAAAUCUCGUUAAAUAACUUUUGAAAGUAUGACAAAAUGAAAAAAUUGUAAGCAAUUUAGCCGUAUGAUAAUUUUGACUUUUAAACAUAUCAGGGAUUCUAAGGUAAUACUUAACCCCUUGAACUACACGACGAAAAUAUAUCUUUAAUUGCAGAGAACUUUAUUCUCAAUUCAAAAAGCAACAUAUAGAAUUAACGCAGUACAAGUAACCAAUUUUUCCAGACCAGUAAGGAGCUGGUGAAAUGCGUGUAUACCUUCAUUGUGGAUUUACUGAAAAACAUUGACACUUAGCAUUCAUCGCUUUGAAGAUAGUUGCUCUUGAAUGUUAAAAUGUACUUUUAGAAUAUACUUUUAUGGUUGAUUACAAACAGAAAAAUACAUUGAUUUUCCAUUCGUUUACAAAUAACAUUAUGACUGCAAAGAUUUUGGAUUGUUUUGUCAGUUUUAUUUCCUAAUUGUUUGCUUGUUUGUCUCUUCAUCUCUAAAGAAAGGAAAAAUAGAUUGCUAGGAUUGUCAUAAGCUGAUUAUGUUCUGAUGAGCUGACGCACGUAAUAAUGAUAUGAGAGGAAGUGCACGAAGUACAUCUUAGUACAUCUUAGGAAGUCACGUUCCUCACUUUUACUGACCCCUUGGCUUUCAUUCAAAAGCAAAGACGAAAGCCUCAAUUAAAAUCCUGGCAUGGGAUCCUCACUUGAACUUUUAACUUCUGCGUUUUAUGUACUCUUUCUUUUUAAACGUCUCGAAUUCACUUCUAAUACACUGACACACACACACAAGAUGUUCAAAUUCACUAGUUUAUUCGUCAUGCUGAUAACCGACACCAAAACUUUCUUUGUCACUCUCCGGUCUUCAAGGAGCCACUCUUCUACAUUUGAAAUACCAAAACAUUUCUAUUUUAAAUUACGAUAUACAUAGUUGAACCUCUGGCAACGCGAUGUGCUUUAAAAGAGGACAGAGAUAGCUACUACUGCUUAUUUGGUAAACAGUUUUCUUAAUUUCUACCUUAUGGUUCAAAUUGCUUCUUUCAAAGUUCGAUUUUAUUCCCAGAUAUCAUUUUUACAACCACCGUAGUCGCAUCGCACAAUCAGACGAUUGACCUUCUAAGGGGAACACAAGGAAAGCCCCUGCAUAAAGUAAUAAAGUAAUACAAACUGACUAUAUUUAUAGAACAUAAGAGAACUGUGAAAAUGCUAGUAUACCAGUGUGGUGGAGAUAGAAAAGAAAAAUCAAAGAAGGCUGUAAUAAAUUACUGUUAGAAAACUGAAAUUUUGUUUCAAGCAAUGAUGAUAUGACUUCGUAUAACCAGAUAAAUACACGUAUCCACUAACAAAAA